AUGAUCUGGAAAUCCCUCUUUAGUACUGUGGCUAUGUUGGCACAUAUCCUGCCAGCUUUAGCUAUCCCAACUCCGGAUUCAGAGUUGACCAGUCAAUCGCAAGACAAAUAUGUCUUCGCCCACUUCAUGGUCGGUAUAGUAGAAAACUACCAGUUAUCAGACUGGAAAGAAGACAUGACCACGGCCCAAUCCAUCGGCAUCGACGCAUUCGCACUGAACUGUGCAAGCAUAGACAGCUACACCCCAACCCAGCUAGCCCUAGCCUAUGAAGCAGCCCAGCAAGUUGACUUCAAAGUAUUCAUCUCCUUCGACUUCGCCUAUUGGACGAACGGGGAUACCGAAAAGAUCACGGCGUACAUGAAACAAUAUGCAGGCCACCCAGCGCAGAUGCAAUACAAGGGAGCUGCGGUGGUAAGUACAUUUGUCGGAGACAGUUUCAACUGGGAUGCAGUGAGGCAAGGAACACCAAAUCCUAUUUACGCAUUGCCAAAUCUCCAAGAUCCCGCGGAAGCUACCACCGAUGCUGCUCAGAGCGCUGAUGGUGCCUUCUCGUGGUUGGCUUGGCCUACAGAUGGGGGAAAUAGUAUCAUCCCCGGCCCGAUGACUACCAUCUGGGAUGAUAGAUUUGUUCAUUAUCUCGCAGGGAAAACUUACAUGGCCCCCGUCUCACCCUGGUUCUCAACGCACUUCAACACUAAAAACUGGGUCUUCGUUUGCGAGAACCUGCCAACAUUACGCUGGGAACAGAUGCUUUCCCUUGAGCCAGGCCUGAUUGAGAUAAUCUCAUGGAAUGACUACGGUGAAUCCCACUACAUCGGCCCGUACUCAGCCAAUCACAGCGACGAUGGCUCUUCCCAGUGGGCAGCCGAUAUGCCCCACGACGGCUGGCGCAACCUGUUCAAGCCCUAUAUCGCAGCCUACAAAUCCGGAGCAAAAGCCCCUACCGUGGAAGCAGAUGAAGUCGUGUACUGGUACCGACCUACACCCAAGGGUGUCGUGUGCACGGGGGAUACCCUCUCGGCGCCAUUGGGUGUGGGUAUGCUCAGUGAUAGUAUUUUUGUCGCUACUAUGUUGACGAAUCCCGCUACCUUGACUGUGCAGAGUGGGAAUAAUGCUCCUGUUAGCAUUGAUAUUCCAGCGGGGAUUGUUACCUCGAAUGUGACUAUGGGGGUUGGUGCUCAAUCUUUCCAUGUGGUUCGGAAUGGACAGACGAUUCUGAGUGGGCAAGGAAGUUUGGAUGUUAAGGAUAGCUGUGUUCAUUAUAACUUCAAUGUCUAUGUUGGGUCGAUCACUGGGGAAGUCAGUAGCUCGACUGCUAGGUAG